AUGACUAACAACCUACCCGAACAACAAGAACUUGUACCCGAAGACUUUAUCAGGAAUAGUAGACUGCUUCUGCAAUCAAACUAUAUUCUUUCCAAGAAAAGUAUUGGGACUGGUUCCUAUUCAGAAAUAUUUGAAUGUAAAAACAUUCAUUCACAAAGACAUUAUGCCGCAAAGAAAUAUAAAAAGAAACUAAUGUAUGGACUUGAACAUAUGUUAAAGAAUGAGUUCCUUGUACUUAAAUUAGUUUCAAUGACCCACCCAAAUAUUUUAUCCCUAAUAGAUUAUUUUGAAACUGAAGAUAGUUUCUAUAUUGUUACAGAUUUGGCCAGGGGAAGUGAUUUAUUCCAUCGGUUAGGUCAAAGUCCUGGGUUUAAACUUUCUGAAACCGAUACUAGGGAAAUCACAGCUGGUCUUGUUUCCGCAAUAGAAUAUCUUCAUGAACAUAAUAUAAUUCAUCGUGAUGUCAAAGCUGAGAAUUUAUUAUUUGGUAAUCAUCAAACUAAUUCUGUAAUUCUUGCUGAUUUUGGAUUAGCAAGAGUAUUACAAUCAAAAGAAAAGUUAUUUAAAGUAUCUGGAACUUUAAGUUAUAUGGCUCCUGAAAUAUUUACAGGAAAUCAAGGAUAUAGUUUUGAAGUUGAUAUAUGGGCAAUUGGUGUCACUGUAUAUUUUAUGCUUUGUGGAUAUAUGCCAUUUGAUUGUGAAAGUGAUGAAGAAACAAAAGAUGCAAUCAAACAUCGAAAAUAUUUAUUUGAACCUGCAGGAUAUUGGAAAGGUAUUUCUGCCGAUGCUAAAGAUUUCAUCGAAUGCUGUUUGAAUCUUGAUCCACAAUCAAGAAUUACUGCUUCACAAUUGAUGCAUCAUCCUUUUAUUGGUGGAUAUAGCGCAAUCAGAACUUUUGAAAGACCAAAACAUCAAUCUUCCCGUUCUUUAUCUUCAAUUUCACUUAGUACAAUUUCAUCCGGUGAAUCAUCAAAUGGCUUACAGACAAGUCCAUUCCUUUCUGUAGAAGCAAUUGAUAAUUCAUCCUAUUCUGGUAUAGCUGUGUCGGUAUCUGAAGAUGUUAGAAUAGGAAUUAUACUGGGAGAAGAGUUAUGUCCUACUCCAGAAUGUGUAUCUCAAUUAACUACACCUUGCAUAUCUCGUGAAGGAUCACAUGUGAAUUUGAAUAAUAAUGGGAAGACCCUAGAUGGUCGUAAUAGUAUUGGUACAGCAAGUUUCUUUAUGUAA